GCGAGCGCGCGCAAUGCGCGAACCCGCUAUACAGAACACCUGCCCGCGCCGCCGCGUCGGGGAACUCAACGCGGCAUUUGUUUUUCAUUUUCUUAAGGCAAACGAGCGCUGCGUCUGGCUGUCAUCUGAUAAAGAGAGGAAACUGCGCGCGCUGAUCAUCUUCGAAGGGAAUGUUGACACGGACGGGUUUCUGAUGAACACGCGUCAUUAGCGCAGCGGAGGAGAGCGAGAGAGCCUGUCUGUGAUGCGCUGCCGUCAUUAGUUUAGUGAGUGUGUGUGUGUGUGUGUGUGUGUGUGUGUGUGUGUGUGUGUGUGUGAAAGCAUGAGUCCGCUGGCUCUGCUGGCUCGCACCGCGCGCUGUCUGCUGCUGCGGCCCCAGACCCUGCUGCUCCUCGGCGGCAGCCUGGCUCUCUGGAGCGUGCUCGAGGUGAAGAGCAUCCUGCGCUCCAGCCGCGACGCCGUCAGCCUGGUGAAGGGCCGGGUGGCGGAGAUGAUGCACAGCGAGGUGAUGCUGCACGAGGAGUUCUCCAAGACGUGGCAGUACAGGAGCGGCGGCGCGGCGGUCUACUCCAUCCAGGGCCGGAGGGAGCGCAUGGAGGACCGCUUCCACGUCCUCCCGGACGCGCUCAACCGGAGCCGGACCGACAUCUACGGCGUCUUCGACGGCCACGGAGGAGAGACGGCAGCAGAAUACGCCAAGGCUCAUCUCCCCGUCAUGUUGAGGCAGCAGCUUCAGCGCUACGAGAAGCAGAAGGAGAGCGGCGCUCCGAGCCCUCAGUCCAUCCUCAAACAGCAGAUACUCGACAUGGACAAAGAGAUUCUGGAGAAACUGUCCGCCUCCUUUGAUGAAGCAGGUACAACGUGUCUGGUGGCUCUGCUGUCCGAGAAGGAGCUGACUGUAGCUAAUGUCGGUGAUUCCAGGGCAGUCCUGUGCGAUCAAGACGGGAACGCCGUCCCGCUGUCACAUGACCACAAACCCUACCAGCUCAAAGAGCGCAAGAGGAUCAAGAAAGCAGGUGGCUUCAUCAGCUUCAACGGCUCUUGGCGUGUGCAGGGCGUUCUUGCCAUGUCACGCUCACUCGGCGACUAUCCGCUGAAGAACCUGAACGUGCUGACCCCUGACCCCGACGUGCUGACCUUUGACCUGGACAAGCUACAGCCUCAGUUCAUGAUUCUAGCGUCAGAUGGACUCUGGGACGCCUUCAGCAACGAGGAAGCCGUGCAUUUCAUUAAAGAGCGCCUGGAUGAACCACACUUCGGAGCGAAGAGCAUCGCCCUGCAGUCGUUCUACCGCGGCUGUCCAGACAACAUCACCGUGAUGGUGGUCAAGUUCAAGAAAAGAGGCUCCAAGGCCACCGGCUAGUGAAGAAGACUCGUGUGUAAUAACCAGAUCAAAACAUAUUUUAAUGAAUGGGUGACUAGAUAAAAUUAGAUAAAAAUGUAUUUUUUGGAGAAGCGACUCUUUGUAUUUAAAUUGAAUAUUACAAAUCUACGCAAUUACGUCCUCGUUAGAAAAUAGAACUUUUGAAGAAUCUUUACGCGGCUCUUUCAUAAAAAAAUCAUUCAAAACGACUAGAGAGAUCAUGCAGCAAAAAUCAUUAGCAUUAUUGCUUACUUUUCUUUUUUUUAAAUCUAGUUUCACUGUAAUAUUUUAUCAUGUGUAAUAUAAAAGUAGGUUGCCUUAAGAAGUAAACCAGCUAUCCAGUAUGGUCUGUAAAAAAAACGUCCAAAUACAUCAGUUAUGAAAUGAUGAGUGUGUAAUGGGUCUGGAGAAACGUGUAUGCUGUGCUGGGCUCUGUAUAAAACACUAAUAGAUAGAAAUCUUCCCCUCUGCUGUGAUGGGAGCGUGCUGGGAAGCUGUAACUUCAUCAGUUCAAAAUACAAUUCUAUGAAUUAUAAUGACGCACCCUCCAUUAAGAAAGAAGUCCAUCUCCACAUAUUUCUUCAGAGCUGUUUUGUCUUUAUCGGUUUUCUCUGAUUCAGAACACGUUUUCGCUGGAGGCGGCGUUAUUAUGGAUUACGGACUUGCAUUUGAGUUAAAAACGUCUUAACGCUGGAUUAGUUUGAGCUUUUGUCUUCUCCAGAUGAUAACUGAUGGACUGGAGCGCUGUGGGUCAUUGUGACUUUUUCUCAUUCUGACGGCACCCAUUCACGUCCAUUGCGGAGACGCUGAUGCAAUGCAAUUUCUACAGUCAAACUUCACACAAGGCACUGAUUUCUGAAUGUGAAUGAAUUUGAAGAAAUAGUCAUAUUUUACAGGCAGAGAAGUGUGUCUGUGCUGUAGUUCUUGUUUGAGGUUUUCUCUGUUGAUAUGAAGACAGUUAUAAUGAAAAAAGUCAGCACUCACUGCAGAAAACACCUUUCUAUAUUUCAGGUAUACAUGUGAUUUAAUUCAGUAUGAUCAUUGGAAGUGUGCCGUCUUAUUUUAAUUAACAUGCUUUUAUGAUGAAUUUAUUUGCCAAAAGUGUUUUGUCGUCCAGAAUCUGUGUUUACGGUGUCAUCUGCACAUCAAAAUUCAAUCUGUCAUUUUACAUAUAGAGUAACUAAAUGAAUGUUUUUAUGAAAUAUUAACACAAGGCGAACAUGUAAAUGACGUAUUUUACUCUUCUUUAGUACGUGACCGAAGAAAACCUUUCAUUAAAGUUAUGUUGAAGAAUG